UUCGCUGGUCAAACGCGCCUGGUUCAUUGUUGUCAUCAUAAUAGUUUUCUUGCUUCUGAUAUUGCUGAUGGUGGCAUUGCUAAUAACAAGGAAACGCGGCGAAAGAUACCCCGUUGGAAAACGAGAGAAGAAGAGAGCAGGUGGUAUACUUGAUAUGGCAGAUGAAGCGGAUUAUGGCGCGUAUCUCAUGAAAGAUCACAGGUCAAACGGAAAUGGUGUGAACCGGCAAAACAGUAACGCCUCGAUGCCAUACAGAGAUCCUGACCGCGAUAGUUUGGAGGCGUAUGGUGAAGAAGAUCGUUUCGCCGAGGAUGCAGCUUCAUUGAUCGGUGUUUAUAACGAUGACCGAAAACAUGGCAAAGGUAAAGGCAUGUUCGAGCCGGAAGCUGUGUAAAGCAACAAGAGAGGCUGUGCCUAUGGUUAACGUCGGUUUCGACCAAGAGAUAGCAUUGCUCGCUGAGUCCGUUUCACACUUUUUUAGAUAUAAUAGUUUAAGCU